AUGCACGCAGCCGAGCUACCCUUCGCCGUCCAUGGCAUUAUCGAGACAGUCGCGGCUCUGUCCUUCAUCUUCAACCCCGAGAAGCAGCUUCCAGGAUGCACGCCAGCCGCAAAGCUCAUCUUGCGCCAAUACGGCGGCCUUCUGCUGGCUUCCGGCUUGGUGUGCCUGGCAGUCCUGAUUGAACCCGGCUUCAACGACUUGAAGAAGAUGCUUGCGAUGGCGAUGGGGAGCUACCAUGCGUGGCCCUGCUAUCGCGCGUAUGUGCGCAUUCGACAGGAUACCGACUCGAAUACGAUGGGGGGCUCUGCCCUGGGUGGCCCUUCUUUGCAUUUGGUGGUGCACCUGAUCUGCCUGGCCAUGUUCGCGUUUGCUGCGGCAUCACCAACGGCUUGA